AUGAUAGAACAACUUCCAAACAUUACUAUAUUAAAGAUCAUUAAAGAGGUUAAUAAUAAUGUAGAUUUAAUAUGUCUAUUGUUGACUUGUAAAAGGUUGUACUAUAACAUUAGACAACUGUAUAGUAGUACUCUACAAUUCAGACAUAUUAAAUAUCGUGUAUUUUACCAUCAAUGGUUGGUCAAGUCAACCAAGAGUUUUAAUCUACACUCAUUUAAGCAUCUAUUCAAUAAUGCACUAUCAAAUCAAAUAGUAGUGUUUGAUGAUGAUGUUGAUGAUCCAUAUAAACAGUCACUCAAUAGUCAUCUUAUAAAUAACAACAAUAAUGACAACAACUUGACACCGCCACCUGAUAACAUAUCAAUACAUUUAUCAAUACACAUGCUCAGUGAUAUCAUAGUACCACUACCAUCAACAACAACAUCUAUAGAUAUAACCUCUAAAAUCGACACACCACUACCUUCAACUCUAUUGCAAGGUAUUGAGAACCUUGGACAUCUAUCCAUUUCUGAUUAUACAUCACCACAGAGACUAUGCAAGUUACCAGAUACACUCAAAUCAUUUGAACUGUAUUACACAUGGCCGAGUUGUAUUGAAGGAGAUGAUGUGUUUCCAUUGGGACUAGAGACACUUUCGAUAUCAUCUCUCAAUGGAUAUGAGGGUGAUCGUGUACCGAUAACACUCAGCUCUUUUGGUCUCGAGAAACUAAAGUCACUCAAAUCAUUAGAAUUAGCACCUGUAGUCAUCACAGAGUUCCCUCACCUGCCCCCACCUCCAUCCUCUUCAUCCUCCUCUUGCUUUUUACCAAUUUCAUUGACAUCACUUGACAUUGUAUUUGAAUGUACAGUCCCUUCCAACUUUUUUCAAUCACUAGUGUCUCUUGAAAGUAUCACCAUGCGUCUAGAAGAAGAUGAUGAUGAUGAUUAUGAUCAAACCCCCAAGGUGACCACAUUGGAUCUCACCAACCUCUAUGUGCUCAAUUCUUUAAAAUUGUUUCCCAGUAGAUUAUUUGACGCCUCUUUAAUCAAACUACCUCUAUCAUCGUCUCUCAAAACUCUCUAUGUCUCCAAGCUGACCAACCUUUCAACACAAUUCUUCCCAACCACUUUGACAAGUCUAGAUAUGAAUUGCGCACAGAUAGAUUAUGAGACAAUCGAAUUACCAAAUUCUCUCAUCGAACUAACCCUCGUAAAAUAUCAAGAUGAAGAUCCAAUACCAGUUGGAUUUAUUCCAAGUAGUGUAAAGACAUUAUUAAUCCCAUCGCACGAAAGAGACCUUGAAAUAAUACCAUUGUCAAUACCAUCAUCAGUAGAGACUCUUACCCUAUACGGAUACGACGGACCGACAACAUCAGAGUAUCUACCAGACUCUAUUAAAGAGUUGGUUUGGAAUAGAGAGACCGACACUCAAACACUCCCAUCGAAAUUGGAGACAUUGUAUUGCAGAUAUAUAUAUAUCUCUGUUAAUCCAAUCUAUCACUCUUGUGUGUUUCCAUCAACCAUUCAACAUAUUGAAUACCCUGGUAUCAUCACAUUCCCUCUUCCACCUUCACUCACAAGUCUAUCAUGUGAAAUUAAUUCAACCUACCUAGUCGAUAAUUCAUACUAUUCAAUUUCAAAAUUCAACUAUAAACAACAACAACAACAACAAGACAACCUACUACUACCAUUAAAUCUACGUAAACUAAAAAUGGAAACAAGAGAUAUUUCUGGAAAGUUUAGUUUUAGAUUGGAUCAAGUAAUCAAUCAAACAAAUAUUGAAAAACUAACAUUCACUUUUUAUAGAGGUAUAUUGUUUAAAGCAACUAUUAAAAGAUUAGAUAAAGAUAAUUCAAGAGUAUUAAUAGUUGACAACAAAUCUUUAUUUGGUGGUAUCAUCAGUCAAUCAAGACAAUCAAACAAUAAUGAAUAUGCUCCUAUUUAUCUUCAUAUCAGAAAAGAAAAUAAUAAUAAUAAUAAUAAUAUACCAUCUUGGAGUCAUACACUUGGGAAUUAA